AUGGACUUAUCUGAUGAUGUUACAAAUAAAGAUGAGAAAGAUGCUGCUCAUUUGAUCGAACUUGGAAGUCUUUCUGCAGAAGAGAAUCGUUUAAAGGCUCAACCCUCUAUUGAGCAAGCCGAAGAACCUAUUCAGUCAAACCCAUCUGAAGAAGAAGAAGAAGUGAUUCAAGAGCCUGCUCAAGCUCUUGAAAAUAAUGCUGAUCAAGAGCCUGUUCAAGCUCUUAUAUCAAAAGAAAGAGAUGUUGUUGAAGAGCCUGUUCAAGCUCUUGUAACUCAUGAAGAAGAGGUGGUGAAAUCUCUUGCUAUCAGAACAGAGGGAUCUCAAGAAAAAGAGGCUAAGAGUAGUUCCUCAUCUAAGGGGGAACAAGAUCAGAAUGCUCAAACUUUCAAGCCUCUACUAUUUCCCAAUAUCAAUGCUGGAAAUGUUUUUGAGAACAUUCUUAAUACUCUUCACAAUUUAGGUAACUUUCUCGAAAGGAUUAACAGGGAAGAGAAGGAGUUGGAAGAAGAAGAUCAAAAUAAAUCUGAUGGUGAAUCAGAGGAGGAUGAACCUGAACAGUCCAUACAAGUUCAUACCAACUUCAGUCCAAUUCAGACCAUGACAGCAUAUUCGCAAGAUAAUUCAUCUAAUGAAGGAUCUUCAGCUGACGGAAUAAAGCUCAUGAAGUCAAUGUCAACCUUGUUAACAACGCUUGAGAAUAAUGUGGCAGUUAUGCUAUCCAACAUGUCGAAAUUUAUGAAAGCCCAGAAGGAAGACAAGAAGAACUUUGAUGAUCUUGUCAAAACCCAUAAAGAGUUGGAGCUAACAUUGAAGAAACACACAUAUGAGGUUGAAGUCUCCAAUACGAAUUUUGGAAGGUUUGAAAAGAAACUCUUCAAUCGACAAUCCGAAAUGAUGAGCCUUGAAAGACAGAUCAAUAUUGAUAAUCAAAGAGAGGUUAUGGAAGUAAUGGGCUUCAUUCAGAAUCAGCUGGUUGAAAUUCAAGGCAGAAUGAGAAGAACAUAUGCUAAAAGACUGGAGUAUGCUGACUCUAUCGUAAGGAAAUUUCAAGCUGAAGAGAAUGCAAAAGAUGAUGCUGAGAAAGAGCAGAAUACCAUUACUCAGGGCAAUGCUGUUAGAGACAGAAGAGGUGACGGUAGGCCAACUAAAAGAGGCGGAGAUCGAAGCGGUGGUGAUCACGGAAGCCGAAGCAGCGGUGAUCGCGGAGGUCGAAGUAGUGGUGGUGAUCGCGAGGGUCGAAGUACUGGAAGUGAUCGUGGAGGUCGAACUGGCGGAAGUGGUCGUGUUGUACGCAGUCUUCCUCCGUUCCAGAACCUGCUGACUGGCGAAGGGAUGAGCGGUGAAGGAUUCACCUAUCCAAUUGAUCCUCGAUGUUUAUGUAAGAUGGAUGAACAAGUUUUACUUCUUAUCUAUAUGAUGAAUGCGUAA